AUGAAUCCCACAAAUCUUAACCAUCGCCACAGUCCCUCCUUAUCCGAACAAAUUCCAAAUGUUCAAAUUCGAAAAGAACGAGCAGAUAAAUUAAGUUUUAAUGUCGAUACCUUGGAAUGGCUUUCCACGCCAGUUACGAUUAAAUUGGAUCUUGUACCAUUUGCCACGGGACAGCUACGAAAUGCUUAUUAUUUACAGGAACUUGAUGCCGAGGAGAAUGUAUCGAGUUUAUUAGUGGCAAAAUUAAGUCUUCGUCCGGCAGAACCAAGCACAUAUUUGAGUGAUGUGGAAAUGCAAGCUGUAUGUGCCCAUUAUGCAGCACUUUACAAUGAACAUGAACCACCAUUAAAAGUGUGUUAUGCACGAUCAUGGCUUUUGAAAUUACGAGAUCGAGAACGAGGAGCUUUAGUUUGUUCGGUGGAGGAAUUUUUACCUGGAGCAUAUGUGAAAUAUAGCAACAAUAGUGGCUAUGUCGGUCGAGAAACCAGUACGACCGAAGAACGGGAACGCAACACGCCACAGGCAUUUUCACACUUUUCGUUCGUGGCUUCAGAUUUUCGGUUGAUGAUUGUUGACAUCCAAGGAGUCGCGGAUAGCUACACAGAUCCGCAAAUUCAUUCAGCAGAUGGUCGUGGAUUUGGUGUUGGAAACCUUGGGACUUUUGGCAUGGAGAAAUUUCUUGAAAGUCAUCGAUGUAACGAAGUCUGUCGAUGGCUGGGACUUCGUAGUAUUAAUGAACAAUACAAGCCGGGUGGAACUGCUGCUCCAGUGAAGCUUUUUGGAGAUACGGCUACUGGAGAGUGGACGGAGCGUGAAGAUUCGAGGGUAGAGAGCGGAGAUGAAGAGGAUGAGGACGAGGAAGAGGAUGACGACGACGAUGACGAGGACACUGUCGAGCAUUCGGAUUCAGCCUCUUAUGCUAUAGACUUGUCGCCUGCGAUAUCGGGGCUGCAGCCGCGGCAUUCGAAAUCGAAGCGGCCAAAACAGAGAUUUUUUUCGUCUCCUGCUGCCUUACGUGGUCGGGGUAGUGGGAGAUCAGGUAGCAGGUUAACUGAAGUUGAACGUGGUCGCCGAUUCCGCCAUCCACAGCUUAGCAAACAUUCCAGUUUCGUUACAGGGAGUCCUGGUGCUGGAGGAGAUAGCCUCUGGGCUUGCGUUUUUCGGAUAUUACUGUGUGGGUGUACGUGA